AUGGAGUGCGGCGUCACGUGGCUUCUGUGGCUCUGCGGCUGGUGGGGCCUGGGGAAAUUCGCGUAUGGAGAGCCUGCACCCUACGUGCUCUGCCUCAGCUUGGCCUCGCACUUCCGAAUCCCGCCUCCGUUCGGGCAAGUCCCCCCCUUGCUGGAUGUGCUGAUGACCUACCUCGUUGGCCACAGCACGUUUUACGCCUGCUGUUUUUGUGGCGUCUUCUUCUUCACCUCGCACUGGCGACCUUGCUGGCUUCUCUCCUCUGCGUCCUGCGCAGUGCUCACUGCGCGGCGCUGGCGCGCCCUGUCGCAGCUCGAGUGGCCACCGCAGCCGCGGCCACCCCAGCCCUUGCUGACGCUGCUCCACCCCUACCUCUACUUCUUCUUCUCCGAGGUGCCGGGGAAGAAGCCGCAGGGUCCGAUCCGCCUCGAGCAGAUCCGCCCUUCAUCGCUCGAAGCGCCAAUCGAUGUCUGGUGGCCGGGAGUUCCGGCACCGAGGGAUGGAUACCCUGUGCUGCGGCUCGGCCCCGGGAUAGACCUAAUGGUUCCUGAUCCACGGCGGUGCCUGGCGAGGUGGCCACCGGCGGUGCUCGCCACAGGCACCACUCCUCCAGGCCCUAGCAGCUGCAGGAUUCUUGAUCGUCAGCUGCGAGUACCGCCGGCGGAGGGGUGCACAAUGGCCGGUACAGCUCGAGGACUGCAAGGCUGCUCUCGACUGGCUCGAAAAGGAAGGAGCCGCAUUGGGCGCUGA